ACAUCACCUUCCUCAUAAACCCUAAAUCGUAAAAAAAAAAUAAAAAAGAAACAAAGCCACCAAAUCCUCUGCAGCGAGAAUGGGUAGCAACCAAGCGGCUGUAUCCUUCUUGACAAACUUGGCCCGGGCGGCCUUCGGACUGGGAACAGCAGCGACUGUGCUUAAUGCGUCGCUGUACACUGUUGACGGAGGCCAGAGGGCCGUCCUCUUUGACAGGUUCCGCGGGGUGAUCGACACGACGGUUGGGGAGGGCACUCACUUUCUCGUCCCUUGGCUGCAGAAGCCCUUCGUCUUCGACAUUCGCACUCGCCCCCACACCUUCUCUUCUAUCUCCGGCACCAAGGAUCUUCAGAUGGUCAACCUCACUCUCCGUGUCCUCUCCCGUCCAGAGGUUUCACGCUUGCCCUACAUAUUCCAACACCUUGGUCUUGAGUACGAUGAGAAGGUGCUUCCUUCUAUCGGCAAUGAGGUAUUGAAGGCAGUCGUUGCACAGUUUAAUGCCGACCAGCUUCUGACAGACAGGCCACAUGUGUCUGCCCUGGUUAGGGAUUCUCUGAUGAAGCGUGCUAAGGACUUCAACAUUGUGCUGGAUGAUGUGGCUAUCACUCAUCUGUCUUAUGGGGUUGAGUUCUCAAGGGCUGUGGAGCAGAAGCAGGUGGCACAGCAGGAGGCAGAAAGGUCCAAGUUUGUAGUGAUGAAGGCUGACCAAGAACGGAGGGCAGCUGUUAUUAGGGCUGAAGGUGAGAGUGAAUCUGCAAGACUAAUAUCUGAUGCGACUACCAAGGCAGGUAUGGGGCUGAUUGAGUUGAGGAGGAUCGAGGCAUCAAGGGAGAUUGCUGCAACUCUUGCCAAGUCACCCAAUGUGGCAUACAUCCCUGGUGGGCAGCAAAUGCUUCUGGGUCUCAAUCCAGGCAUGGUUGGCCGUUGAAUGGGUAUUCUGGGAUGAGAGAAUUCAUAAAAUGGAAGUGUGAAUUGCUGGAGUAGUAUUUCUGUCAUUACUGGGGAAAACAUUUUAUUUUUUUUUUGGCUGGGGCAAUAUAUCAUCUAGGAUCAAGAAUUUGAAGUCUAGGAAGUCGAUGAUGUGAACGUUUCGUCUAUUAAUAACUCCCGUUCAGUUAUUUCGGAAUUCCAAUGUUAAUACAGAGUAUGUGUUGCACUUGAUAUGAUCAUAUUAAUUAGUUUUCUGCA